GUGUGUGCCAAGAGCUGCCUUUAGAACUUGCACAGAAUUUUCCACUAUUGUGUGGAAAUCUAUAAAAAGAACUGAAGGCCGUCAAUGGCCUGGAAAUGGGAUCUUAUGUUAACCUGUUAAGUUGUGCAUCAAUGUUUAAAAGUGGCCAUCAUGGAGGAGGAGGACGACAUCUGCACAAAGGAUUCAGUGAAUAUCUCCAAAGAUGAAGUCGACGGAAGUGGGAUCAGCCUGAAAAAAAGAAAAGGAGUCAAGGUCAGUGGGAAAUACUUGCCUCCCAUGGAGUGGGAAAAGGGGGGUUCUUUUCGUCAGAUAGGUCAGUUUGAUUCCUCUGUGGCAGCCAUGAGCCGCACUCCGAGAUCACCGUCAAACUACCAGCAGGAUGGCAGGCUGCGAGAAGAGAGCAGCGAUGACCAAGAGAAGCCAGGGUCUCCACCAUCACAAUGCCUUCAGGAGGACCACUGGAAUACAGAGCAGGAGGCCACAGGAGUGUCCGUUUCCGAGGCAAGAGUAUCCAGGCAGACCAUACAGGAACUAAAGAAUCUUUUAAGGGAAAGCUCCUUAUUACAAACACGUACCAAACCUGGCAUGACUGGCAUUUACCCGUGUGCCCAGACCCCUGCAAAAAGGUCACAGGAGGCUCCAGCCGUCUCUUUCAGCACUUUUAAGCCUUUUUCUGAGGAUCCCCAAAGCAGAAUGCAGGUGCAAAAAAUGGCAACUGCUGCUGUCCAGAUCAGACCUGGUGGUGAUCCAUGCAUUGUGACGGGCAAACCUGCAGGGGUCAACACAAAGCACUCAGAGAUGAAGCAAGAAGUUGUGCUUGGAGCUGGUGGGCCAGGACCAAGAACUGAUCAGGCUGACAACACCAAAGAUUCAGCAGUGGACAUGUCAGGAAUUCAGAACAUUUCCACCACCGAUCAGAUCAAACAGCAGAUUGCCAGAGAAGAAAUCAGCUUUGUGCGAUUUGAAGCCACAGACCUGCACGGAGUUUCAAGAUCCAAGACGAUUCCAGCCCGCUUCUUUCAGGACAAGGCCUUAUAUGGUGUCCCCAUGCCCAGAAGCUAUCUUGAGUUGACUCUGAGCCCAAAGGACAAUGAAGUAGAUCAUAUGAGUGCCACCAACUUCAAUAGUGACAUCCUUCUUGUUCCUGAUCUUGGCAGUUUCCGUAUUCUUCCUUGGGCAGUUAAAACAGCCCGUGUGCUGUGUGACGCUUACACCAUUACAGGGCACCCUCUACGUACCUCUCCUAGACAUGUCGCCAAGCAGAUGCUGAGCCAGCUGAGGGCUCACGGCUUCUCACUGCAUUCGUCCUUUACAUACGAGUGCUGCAUAUUUGGCGCUCCAGAAAAGAUCGAUGCCAAGAUGGUGUUUUUUCCAGCCGCCACGCUCCUGAGUGGCCAGGAUUUGCCCUUCCUUCAGCAGCUGAUCGAUGGCAUGUACUAUGUUGGUGCCGAUGUGGAUAGCUUUUCUUCUGCUAGCGGCCCUGGCCAAAUGGAGAUCUCUCUCCAGCCUGAGUUUGGCAUCGCUUCAGCAGACAGUGCUUUCACAUUCAGAACGGGCAUCAAGGAAGUAGUGAGGAAGCAUGGCUACCUCGCCAGCUUUUUCACCAAUAAUGGCUUUCACAAUGCAGCGGUGCUCUCCCACAGUGUGUGGGAUGUCAAUGGCAAGAGGAACCUUUUCCAGACUGGCACCGGAGAGCUGUCUGAGCUGAGCAAGAAGUGGCUGGCUGGCCUGUUAUACCACUCAGCGGCACUCAGCUGCCUGAUGGCACCCGGCGUUAGCUGCCGAAAGCAUAUUGCUCAAGAGGGCAAGGAGGCCAAGAAUUGUGUGUAUGCCACUUGGGGUGCCAAUGACAACAACUGUGCCUUCAAUGUCAAGUGCCAUGGAGGCAGAGGUGCCCAAAUCGACAACAAGCUGGGCUCUGCCACCGGCAACCCUUACCUCGCCCUGGCAGCCACAGUGGCAGCCGGCCUGGAUGGCAUCAAGCGAAGUCUCACUCUGGACACUGAUUCUGAAGGGCCUAUUAGCCCAUCUCAGUUAAGACACCAUGCCAUCCCCGUGAAGCUAGAAGACGCUUUGGUUGCACUGGCCGAAGACCACAUCAUCAGGGGCGCCUUGGGUGAUGCGUUUGUACAAUAUUUCAUUGCAAUGAAACGCUACGAGAUUGAAACCAAGGAGCUCGACGCAGAAAGGAACAAAGGCUUGGAGUACUUUAUUUGAGUGAAAAAACGUGGCGAGGAAAUGCAUUGGCAGACCGUCAUUCCCAAUGGAGGACCUGAAGCUGAUAUCACACUCUGUUAUUCAAGGGGUUCUUUACAAGGUUAAUGCAGGGUCCACCAAUGACAGCGUCUAGCUUAUUCUGGAUUGUAUGAGAGUAUGAAAUCUGAACCUGGUGGAUUUGGCAGGAAUUGUAGCCAAAUGGCUAUGAAAAUCCCCCUACAUAACUGACUGGGCUGGGUGGCACAGCAGUUAGCACUACUGCCUCAUGGAUCCUGAACUGUGGGCGCCUGGUCUGCUUGCUUGCGUGAAAUUUCCUCCGGUACUUCAUUUCUCCUUCCACAUCUCCAGAUAUGUGCUGGUUAAGUUAACAGGCCACCCUAAACAGAACGCUGUGUGGGUGUGAGUGCAUCUGGCAAUGGAUCGUUGCCCCAUUUAAGGUUGAUUCCAGUAUUGUGUAUAGGAUAGACCCUGAACUUUAUAAUCCUGAGCUGGAUUGAGCAUAUCUUGAAUGGUCCAUUUGCAGUGUUGCUUACCUUCUCAUGCUUGAAGUUACCAUGAUCGGCUCACCAUUAUUAUACUUUUUGCAGCAAAUUUGCUGGGUUUGCUGGUGGUCUUCUUUAACAAAUUUUUCCCUGAAAAUCUGUCAUGCGGCCGGUUUACGCAAACGUUUUUUUUUCUUCGCGUCCCAUGAUUCUUAGCGAGGCCAAU